AUGCGUCGGAUACUGUCCAAUGUCUGGCCGAGAGCGGCGGCCGCUAACCACGGCCAGAUCCAGCUGCUGUCCGACCUCCACCUCGAAGUCGGCCAGCAGUACGCCUCGUACGCCGCGUUCCCUCAAACGGCGCCGUACCUGCUCCUCGCCGGCGACGUCGGCCGGCUCACCGACUACCAGCCAUAUGCCGCCUUUCUCGCCGCCCAAGCCGCGCGCUACGACAGAGUCUUUCUGGUUCUGGGGAACCACGAGUUCUGGGGCCUGCGCUACGAGGCCGCCAUCGACACGGCGCGGCGGCUGUGCGCCGAGCCAGCGCUGCGCGGGCGCGUGGAGCUCAUGCACCGCAGGCGAUGGGACUGUCCGCGGACGAGGCUGAGCGUCCUGGGCUGCACGCUGUGGUCGCGGAUACCACGGGAGGCGUUUGCGGCGGUGAGGGACAAGGUCAGGGACUUUCGGCGCAUCGAGGGCUGGACACCCGAGGAGCAUGUCAGGCACCACGAGGAGGACGUCGCGUGGCUCAGGGACGAGAACUCGGAAACUCAAGAAAAGAUGUCGGAUGAAAGCCUCGACCUCAAGGCUGCCUCGGAGGCCGCCGUGGCCAAGUUUCAGCUUGAGCGAGUCCUCAACCAAGACCAAGCCGGCCGCCGCACAUCCCUGGUCGGCACGGUCGACGGGAAGCCCGCGCUGCUCAUCCUCGAGCGCGCCACGUUCCCGACGACAGAGGGCUACCUCGGCCGGCUGCCGGGCUCGCUCGCGCGGCUGCAGAACCUGGGCGCCAACGACGUCUACAGCUGGCACAUGGCGCGUGCGGGCGCGGACGCCGCGGGCGAGACGGCGGCCGACUUCUACCCCGACCUCAAGAUCAACCUCAUCUACCCGUGCACGGAGUCGCAUGUCAAAAAGUACAGCAAGCAGGGGGUGCGCUUCGUGACGGAGACGCCCGCGCUGUACCGGGACAAGAUCCGGCCGUACAUGCAGAGCAAGCGCGACCAGGGGCGGCUGAACUGGGUCUUCAACAUCAUCGAGGGCCACAAAGAGGUCGAGGACAUCAUCUACAGGACGCCGCUGGGUGCGGCGGGCGACGAGGGGUUCUUGCUGCUGCCGGACUUGAACUGGGAUCGCUCGACGCUCGACGCGCUGCACCUGCUGGGGCUGGUCGAGCGACGGGACCUGUGGUCACUGCGGGACCUGAAGAAGAAGCACAUUCCGUGGCUGCAGCACAUGAAGGCCAAGUUGACCGACGCGACGGUGGCGACGUAUCCUUCUAUUGAGGCGGACCAGCUGAAACUAUAUGUGCACUACCAGCCUACAUACUAUCAUUUCCACAUUCACAUUGUGCACGUGGCGCUCGAGGCGGGCGCGACGCAGGCGACGGGCAAGGCGCGAGCUGUGGACCCAGGUCUAUGA